GCAACGGCAAUGGCCGGCCAGAGACUGACAAACUCUCUACUCUUUUUCUUCAUCAUCUAAUUCCCAUUCCUGACGCCGCUGCUGCUCGGAUAAGUAUGAACUCUUCAAACCACAAUCACGUCAACUCACAGAAGUCGGACGUGUACAUAUAGAAUACAUGUUUUACGUCAAGUGACGCCCGACAUGGCGCCGUCAUGAAGGGUUAUAAUAGGUACAUAUCUCAGGAGAGCUUAACAUUGGGAGUGCGACAAAAAACAUAAGGAGACGCCUGGCCUGCCAUUAUUCAUCAGAAAAUUUGACAGUGAUUGGGACGUAUUCUUAUAUAUUAAAAGUUUAGGACGCUUUGUUUCUCAUCUUCAGUUUCUCCAGCCGGAGCGUAAAGGGUAGCUUUCGUUCAACGGUUUCUUUUGUCUGCAAAUUAAAUGGUGACGGGUGUAUCUGAGUAGAUGGGAAAUGUUAAAUUUUCUGCGGGGCUACAGUGAAAUUUGAAGCGUUUGAGCUCUGUGACUGUGAGCUCUGUGACUGCGGUUAGGGUUAGUAAAAGUUAUGAUCCAGGGCGCGGGCGGGCGGGCCCCUUGUUCCACCCACCGAAAACCUAAAAAAGAUUCCAUGGCUAGUCUGGGAAUGCGUGCAGAGACAUGAAUAAUUUAAUAGAAUCCGAUAAGAAAAUAGCAUUAUUAGGUACCGCCGUAGAAAGGCAGAUGAUAAGGUCGGAAGCCGGAAGCGGUCUGGCCCGUCGGUCAUAUUUCGUAAACCAUUUUUACCAGGCUAGGAAUAGUAGGUUGUUUACCCCUUUUGCUCAGUUUCCCCCUUUGCUCUGGAGUUCUGGAUUUUCCCCUUUGCCGUGGAGUUGUGGUUCUUAAGCAUGAAAAAUGUGUAUCGGAAGGGGAAGGUGCAUCCGCAGCCUGCCCCUGAUGCGUAUUCGGUGCUGAGGCUGCUGCCCGUGGCCGUGGCCACUCUGAGCGCCGCCCUUCCGGCAGAGGACCGGGAGGUGCUUGCUUAUCUCAUCGCGCGCUCGCCUGAUGUUCUGCCUCUCAAGGAUAACAGGCGUAACACUCUGCCGCUGUCUUCUUUGGUGGAAAAGGAAAAGGCGUCGCAGCAGUUCCCCUGGAGUCAUGGACCUUCGUUUGAGUGCAGCUGCUUUCAGUGCUACACGAGCUUCUGGAGCCGCUGGGACGCCUCGCCGAAUCGGCAGACAAUACAUGAGGCAAUUGAUUUAUAUGAAGAACACAUGGCUGCUAGGGCAGAUGCAGCUAAGGGGAACUCCAAGGGAAAGAACCGUAAGGGUUUCAAGGACAAGAAUCCGAGACAUUCGUCCUGCGCAGAUGAAAGCUUUCCUCCUCCUGUUGCAAAUGACAAGUCUGUGGUUUCAGUAGUGCAAAUAGAGGAAGAGGCUUUGAAGGCGGCCCUAAAGUUGAAGCAAAUUGUUCCCCCUGAGGAAGAUGCAGAGCACAAGGAGGAGGAGUCGUCUUCAGGCAGGGGCAGAGACAGUCCGCCGCCGCCGCCGCCUCCCUUGACCAUCGGAGGGCGGGGAAUAAUGCGCAGGGUGUUUCCAAACAUCAUGACCUUCAUCGCCGAUCACCUCUGGACGGCCUGGACUUCCCCCACUGGACCAGAACAGUAGCUUUAAUCUCAUCUCAAUAUUGUUCCUAUUGCAAUAGGUGAUUCUCUCUCUCUCAUCUUUUUUCUUCCUCCCAACUUCUAGUCUCGCAGCUCUCUUCAGCCGCGGCCGUGAAUACAUACUUAUGCUAUAGCCUCAAGAAUCAUAAUCAUCAUUGUAAUUAUUUUUCUUCGCAUCAGAUGACUGUAAAGUUUUUCCCUGCAGGAUGGAAAAUUCGUCAAUUUUGAUGCUUUUUAACUUUAAAUGCAUACUGAUACAAUCUAAAAUAGUAAUUUCUAUA